AUGACGUCUCGGGAAUCUGGCUUACUGCUUAACCUUCCUCUGACCGUGGUUGCCAACAUUCUUGGUCACCUAGACACUUUCGAGGAGCUUCGACAUGCGGUUCUGAGUAAUCGAAUCUUUCAUAACGCAUUGAGAGAAAACUUCCAUACGACUGCGUCGAAGAUCAUCACUCGUCAUAUCCCGGAACUGACAAUGCCAUAUGCUCUCUGCUUACUAGAGACCACCCAUACCGUGCCAGAAGGUGAGACUGCAGUCAGUCGAAUUUUGCAGCAGCUAGCACGCCGCGUUGGCAGUCAAUCGGAGACCAGAUCGGCAGUUCAUACUUUGUCCCUACCCGAGUAUCAUUUUCUCGAAAGGACUUACAAAGCAGUUCACGACCUCACAGCGCUUUUCAAGGAUAAAACGAUUCCCCGGCUGACAAAAUGCCUUGGAAUUCAGCGUUCCAACAAGAUUACGACUCGCGAGCAGUUGCAUGUCGAGAGAGCGUUCUUUCGAUACCAAAUCAUGUGCACAUUGUUCUGUAGAAAAGAAGGCAGCCUGGCCCUUGCGGAUCAAUCAGACAGCCAGUUUUUCAAUGAAUUCUCUCCUUGGGUAAAUGAGCAGUUAAUCUGCGUAUAUAUCUUUCUGGAACGAUCUGUUGCCGAAGCUUUCGAAGAUCUUGCUGCUCAUGACGUCGAAUGGGGAGAGCUCCCGGUCGAUUGGGACGAGGAUGCAGAUCAGUCACCGCCCAUUCAAGAAAUGCUCACCAACGGCCUGCCCUUUCUCCGUGCAGUUGCUGGCUCGAAGUCUUACGAAGAGAGGAUAACGGUAAUGCGGCUUGAGGAUUGUGUUGGCAUAGCCUCUGAUCGAUGGCCAUCUGCGUUGAGAUAUCUCGCUGUCAACCAAGACGGCGACGACGACGAGUUACUAGGGUGCUACGAUGAACUCACACCCCGGCAGGAGGCCCUACAUUUAGCGGAGCGAUAUCCAUUAUUUGAAAAAGGGCGAGACUCAUCGGAUUUGGGUCCAUCAAUCACUUGGUUGGAAGCUCACUGGGGACAGUCUCUUCUUACGAGUGUCUUCAACACCGACGAUUGGAAUUUGUGGCUUUGCGGAUAUGUUAUGUGGGACUUCGACGAUGCCUCAAUGCUGUAUCUACGGGACAAGUGCGAUGAGUUACGACUCCAGCCACGAGAUCAGUAUCGACCACGAGAUGCGUGGGAAGGUAAGGAUAUCGAGCGCUCAGAGCGCCAAAGAACAGACAUCUACUUCGCUGGUGGGCGUGGAUACUGGCCGCAGUAUGGUCCCGAUUUCAGUAAGAUUCGAGGGCUCGACGUGGAAAAACAGGGGGAACUUACGAAGAAGUGGCGUCUUCAGGGAAUUCUAGAUGCCUAA